AUGCCGAUCGACUAUUCGAAAUGGAAAAAAAUUGAAGUUUCCGAUGAUGAGGACGACACUCAUCCCAACAUUGAUACUCCUUCGUUGUUUAGAUGGCGCCAUCAAGCUCGCCUAGAGCGAAUGGCAGAAAAGAAACAGGAGAAAGAGCGAUUGGAAAGAGAGAAGAAUUCAGUAACAACGAAAUUGCAAGAUCUUGAGAGCAAAUUGGCAUCGACAAAUAUCGAUGAAGCUGAUAAGGAGAAGAUUCAAAAAGAAUUGGAUGAAGUCAAAGAGCAGGAGGCUAAAUGGAGAGCAAAAGAAAAAGAACUAGAAGAGCAAGAGAAGCUUGAGCCUUGGAAUAUUGACACUAUCGGACAUGAGGCAUUCAGUUAUUCGAGAAUUAAUAAGAUAUCAGAUCAAAAAGAUCAGCCAACAAAUUCCGAAGAAGACGAUUCGAGGCGAAUGGCACAAUUUUGCGAAGACAAUGAGCUUUCGCUACAGACUUAUGGUCGUUUGACAUCGCUGAAAGCUACUGAGGAAUACCUUCUUGAGCAUCCACAUUUGGCAUGCGAAUUCGCUGCUAAUUAUUUGACUAUUGAAUGCCUAAACUUGGCAAUCGACAAAAAGGAUGAGGAAAUGGGAAUCAUGGCCCAACAAUGCAUUAUUCUUCAAUACAUUCUGGAACUAUCGAAGAAUUUGAAGGCUGUCUCCACGAAUACUAACCUUUUGAGAAGCUUCUUCAAAAAGUUCGCCGCUGCCGAUCCAAUGUACAUGAAAACAUUCCAAGAGGAGGUCGCCGCUUUCCAAGAACGUCUACGCAUUCGGGCUCAGGAAAAACGCGAGGCUGCGGCGGCUGAAUAUGAAGCCGAAGAACGCGCGAAACGCAUUGAAACGUCGCCGGGCGGAUUAGAUCCACAAGAAGUUUUCGAAACCCUCCCAGAAGAGAUGCAAAAAUGUUUCGAGACUCAAGAUAUUGAGGCGCUUAAAGAAUUGGCGAUGAAAAUGGACGAAGAGGUAUUCAUGUACCAUUUCCAAAGAUGCGUUGAUUCGGGAUUAUGGGUUCCGGAAAAGAAGGGAGCAGAAGAGAGUGGACAAGACGUUACUGAUGAUGGUGAUGAUGAAGACGAUGGCGCUGACGCCGAUGUUGAAACCGAUACUGGCGCUGAAACUGAAACGGUGGUCAUUUUUUGUAACAGCACAUUCACCAUUCAAGUUGAUCUCUAA